CAAAUGAAUUUUUUAAGAAUUUUAUAUUUUUUUAUUCUUUAUAAAACUCUCGGAAUCAAAAUUUCUUAUUUGCCUGCUGCUAUGGACCCUUCAUCUGAUGAAUACUCAUCACCUGCUUUUUACACUUGUACAAUGACUCAAGAAGAGAUGGAAGAAUUGGAAGUUCCUUCAAAUAUUUCGUGUGAAAGUUGCGUCAUCUGCAUAUCAAAUCUUAAUUUAGAUACUGACAGAUUAAGGUUGCUGCCUUGUGAGCAUGUUUUUCAUGAGAGCUGCUUAUUUAAUUGGCUGAAAAUGCACGCGAUUUGUCCACUUUGCAGGCAUGUUUUGAAGGAUAACACAAACAUUGUAUCACAAGAUCAAGUGGAUGGUUGGAGAACGUUCCUUCAUAGUCCAAAUUCUCUGUCGAUUGAAAACAUUCUUCCAGGAACUGACUUUUAUACGGGACCAUCAGCAAAUACUCGAUCUCAAAUCGAACGUCGGCUAUAGUUCAAUUAUUAAAUUAAAUAUUUUAGGAUUUACGGUCAAAAUAAUCUUUAAUAAAAAUUGGAUGUCUCUUGGU